AUGGAUAUUAAAAAGUCGAUAUCAUCGUUUAUCUAUGGAGAAGAGACUUGUUUUCAAGUAUAUGGUUUUAAAUCAUGUCCAUAUUAUCAAAAAGCAGUAUCGUUGGGAGAAUCAUUGGAAAAGAAUCAUGGUAAUAUUACAGUGGAUAUUGUACCAAUCGAUAGAAACGAAUGGAGUGAUGUAUUGGAACAAAGAACUCAAGAUUUGGGUGGAAAGGCUGUCUAUCAUAGAACAUGUCCUCUUGUUCAAGAAGGUUGUGAUGUCAAUGCUAGAAAGUUUGUUGGAGGAUACUCUGACUUUUUAAAUGAAGCAAGAAAGAGAAAAUACAAAUAUGAAAGAAAGAAGGAUUAA